AUGGCAGAUGAUCUCGUCGUAGGACUCGCGGAUCCUCCUAGGCAUAGCGAACCUGUCUAUGACAUAGAGGAAAAGCACUCGGAGAGUAUUGUUUUUGACAAAGAGAUCGACAGCAUCCAUGAGGGCUUGCAGUUCCCCACUGAGGAGGAGUUACUCACUCUCAGACGUGUAUCCGACGCAAUCCCAUGGAAUGCAUAUCUAAUCGCUGUCGUGGAACUGGCAGAGCGAUUUUCUGUGAGUUCUAGUGUUGUUUUCACGAACUACAUCCAGCAACCCCUUCCUCCAGGCUCCCGCACCGGCGCAGGUGGUGCGAAUGGCCAAUCUGGCGCCCUUGACGCCGGUCAACAAAUGUCUACAGGCCUGACCACGUUCUAUCAGUUCUGGGCUUAUAUUUCUCCGAUCGCCGGCGCUUAUAUUGCUGAUACCUACUGGGGUCGUUACAAGACAAUCUGCUGGAGUCUUGUUAUUGCCAUGUUGGGCCACGUUGUAAUGAUCAUCUCUGCAAUCCCUGGCAUCAUCGGUGGCCGUGCAUCACUCGGCGUGUUUAUCCUAUCCAUGAUUAUUACCAGCACUGGCACCGGCGGCUUCAAGUCGAAUGUCUCCCCUUUGGUUGCAGAGCAAUACCGGAUAACAAAAUGUUACGUUGUUACGACUAGUUCGGGCGAGCGCGUCAUUAUUGACCCGGCCAUGACCACUACAAGAAUCUAUAUGUAUUUCUACCUUUUUAUCAACAUCGGUGCUCUCAUUGGUCAGAUUGGAAUGGUUUAUGCUGAAAAGUAUGUUGGCUUCUGGCUAGCCUUUACCUUGCCUACUGUAGUGUUCUGUAUCUCCCCUCUUGUCCUUUGGUACGGCCGCGGUCGUUAUCGCAGAUCUCCACCUCAAGGGUCCGUUCUUCCGACCUCGCUCCGCAUUUGGCGGUACGCCCAACGCGGACGAUGGUCGUGGAAUCCAUACAAGACAUACAAGAAUCUCACCUCCGAUGACUUCUGGGAAAGUGCCAAGCCCUCUAAGCAGGUUGGCGACAAGCCCAUAUGGAUGAUCUUUGACGACCAGUGGGUUGACGAGGUCCGUCGUGGUUUCAAAGCUUGCAGCGUGUUCGUCUGGUUCCCGCUCUACUGGCUCUGCUACAAUCAACUUAAUAAUAACCUGAUCUCACAAGCUGCGACGAUGACCACUAACGGCCUACCUAAUGACGUUCUAUCCAACCUUGAUCCCCUCGCUCUCAUCAUUUUCAUCCCGAUAUGUGAUUUGGUGAUCUACCCAGCACUUGCACGUUGGGGUAUCCAGUUCACCGCGCUGAAGAAGAUUGCCUGGGGCUUCGGCACGGCAGCUGCAUCAAUGAUCUGGGCCGCUGUCGUGCAGUACUAUAUUUACAAAACGAGCCCUUGUGGGCAUUCCGCUGGAACCUGCGAGGACGCAGACAAGAACCCGCUUGUUUCCCCCCUGAAUGUGUGGAUUCAGACUGGCUCAUAUGUGCUCAUUGCCUUCUCUGAAAUUUUUGCAUCAAUCACGGGUCUCGAGUACGCGUUCACCAAAGCACCAAGGAACAUGCGUAGUUUGGUCAUGUCUGUGUUUCUCUUCACGAGUGCAGCCUCAGCCGCCAUUGGCGAAGCUUUCGUCUCCCUUUCGCUGGAUCCACUGCUCGUAUGGAACUACGCCAUCAGCGCCAUCCUUGCGGGCGUUGGUGGCAUCUUGUUUUGGAUCGUCGUUCGUAAGCUCGAUAAGGAAGAGGAUACACUCAAUAAUCUUGCAGACGGGCACUUUGAGAGUGACAAGUGA